UUCCACGAGCCCGGCGUCGGUGCUCGGCGCUCGAUUGACUUGUCUGUCUCUCUAUGGACUCCAUUUCCGGCUGUUCUCAUUUCUCUUCCGGUGUUUCGGCGCGGAGUGAGCAUUGGGAGAGGCAACCGAAGCCCGCUAGGCUUCUCUGAAAUUUAAUCCAAAACAUGGAUAUCAGACCAAAUCAUACAAUUUAUAUCAACAAUAUGAAUGAUAAAAUCAAAAAAGAAGAACUGAAGAGAUCAUUGUAUGCACUCUUUUCUCAGUUUGGCCAUGUAGUGGAUAUUGUAGCUUUAAAGACCAUGAAGAUGAGAGGGCAAGCUUUUGUGAUAUUUAAAGAACUCGGCUCAUCUACAAAUGCUUUGAGACAGUUACAAGGCUUUCCGUUUUAUGGUAAACCAAUGCGAAUUCAAUAUGCAAAAACAGACUCUGAUGUAAUCUCUAAAAUGCGUGGCACUUUUGCUGAUAAGGAGAAGAAAAAAGAGAAGAAAAAGGCUAAAUCUUUGGAACUGACUGCCAAUGCUGCAAAUAAAAAGCCUGGUCAGGCCACACCAAAUUCAACUAACACUCAAGGAAAUUCAACCCCAAAUCCUCAGGUGCCUGACUACCCACCGAAUUAUAUUUUAUUCCUAAAUAACUUGCCAGAGGAGACUAAUGAAAUGAUGUUAUCUAUGCUGUUUAAUCAGUUUCCUGGUUUCAAAGAAGUACGGUUGGUACCUGGAAGACAUGACAUUGCUUUUGUGGAGUUUGAAAAUGAUGGACAGGCUGGCGCUGCCAGAGAUGCCUUACAAGGAUUUAAGAUCACACCAUCCCAUGCCAUGAAGAUUACAUAUGCCAAGAAAUAGCUUUAUGGACAUUCUUUCAAUGACUUGGUUUUAUUUAUGGCUUCUGUUCUUUGUUUUUUCAAAAGAUACAAAUCAGAAAUUUUGAAGAGCUUUCUGAGGGCAAAAGUGAAAAUAAACAUUUUGUGUAAACUUUUUUUUAAACUCAAAUUCUCCAGUGUUCCCUACAAAUUUAGGGUACUGCAACAUGCAAGAGACAUUUUGUAUAAUUAAAACUUAGUUUUAUUCACUAUGUAAUGUUAUGCCUUUUUUUGGCCCAUUUUCCCCUUUAUUUGUUUGUUCUAUAUUGUAACUUUUUCUAUGACCACAUCUUGUGUUUUCCUAAUCACAUUUAUUUUGGAAUGAUCAAGAUUUGAAAUAUUAAAAAAGCUCAAGAUGUAUUUGAGAAAGGAAAUUAGUAAACAGCUAAUUUUUUUUCAUGUUGGUAGAAAAUGGUUAUCUGAGAGAGUAAAAGAAAAAUGAUAGAAAGUAACUAUUUCCUGCCUUUGGGGAGGACAGGUGAAAAGAGGGUUAUGAAUUUGAAGUUCUUGAACUCUCAAGACUAAGAGAGACCCAAGUGUCAUCUGAUGGUAGUCUUUAGAUGAGGUUAUACCUAAACAAUAUGAGUAUAGAUUUUUUCAAAUUUUAUUUAAACUUUAAAAAUUAAUACCUUUUCUUUUUCAGUUACCUUCAUUUCCUACCCCAGUCCAGCACUAAAGAAGCUUAUUGUUUUUAAGCCUGAUAUUAAAAUGCCUCUAGGAAAGAAAAUAAAGUUUUCCUUUUAAGCUUAA